AUGAAUGAACCAGUUUCUACAGGCACGACAAUUAUGGCAGUUGAAUUUGAUGGUGGUGUGAAUGGAGCUGAUUCACGAACUACCUCUGGUUCAUUCAUAGCAAAUCGUGUCACUGACAAACUGACACCGAUAACAGAUCGCAUUUUCUGUUGUCGAUCUGGCUCAGCUGCUGAUACUCAAGCCAUUGCAGAUGUAGUUAAAAUUCAAUUACAAUUACAGCAGUGUAGAGUGAAUGAGCCUCCAUUAGUGAAGACGGCUGCUAACUUUUUCAGAUCACUUUGCUAUCGAUAUCGUGAUAAUUGUAUCGCUGGUAUCCUGUGUGCUGGUUGGGAUAGAUUAGGAGGACAGGUUUAUUCCAUACCAUUAGGUGGAAUGUGUGUUCGACAACCAUUUUCUAUUGGAGGUUCUGGUAGUACAUAUCUCUAUGGUUACUGCGAUGCUCACUACAAAAGUGGCAUGUCUAAAGAGGAGACAAUAGAAUUUGUUAAAAAUGCUGUUGCUUUGGCCAUAUCACGUGAUGGUAGCUCUGGAGGGGUGAUACGGAUAGCAAUUAUUCAGGAGGAAGGUGUAGAAAGGUUACUGGUUACUGGUAAAGAUAUACCAAAGUUUAAUGUAGACAAAUAA